AUUCGUCUGGUCUGUGUUCUAGAAACACCACUCAUUGUAAUGCCUGUCUCUCCUCCACGGUGAACAAGGCCUUCUGGGAGAUAUAUAUAUAUAUAUAUAUACUCAGGUUAAAAAGCUUACAAUUCUAUAUAUGCAGUAAGCAGUUUUGACGCUUUCCUGUAACUCUUAACCACGAUGGAUAAAAUAUUCGGCUCACUAAAAGGGUUAUUUAAAAUCCACUCAGUUGUUAUUGAUAAUAAUGUGUUUCGACUCCAUUACAAAGCCACAGUGGUCGUUCUCUUGGCCUUUAGUCUGCUCGUGACUUCUCGACAGUACAUCGGUGACCCCAUCGACUGCAUCUCUCGAGAUGAUAUUCCGACAAGGGUGUUAGACACCUUCUGCUGGAUCCACACCACCUUCAGUGUAGAAGGCGCUUGGCAUAAGAAGGUUGGUGUGGAAAUCCCGUAUCCAGGGGUGGAUAAGUAUACUCCAGGUGAAGACAGAAUAUACCACGCUUACUACCAGUGGGUCUGUUUUGUGUUGUUUUUCCAAGCCAUUAUGUUUUAUUUUCCACGUUACCUGUGGAAGGGAUGGGAGAAAGGCCGUAUUCGAGCUCUGAUGCUCGAGCUCAACAAUCCGACCUUAACACCUGACAAAAAACAAGAAAAGCGAGGUAUUUUGGUUGAAUAUCUAAUGAACAACAUACACAACCACAACUUCUACGUCAUUGGCUAUUUUUUCUGUGAGGUUUUGAACUUUGUAAACGUGGUUGGACAGAUGUAUCUAAUGGACUCAUUCCUAGGUGGUCAUUUCUCUAAAUAUGGCUCCAAGGUCAUGCAGUUCACCGAGUGGGACUGGACCCUCCGCUAUGACCCCAUGAUCAGAGUAUUCCCUCGUUUAACCAAGUGUACCUUCCAUAAAUACGGUUCCUCGGGUGAUGUCCAGCGACACGACGCCAUGUGCAUCCUGCCCAUUAAUAUAAUCAACGAAAAGAUCUACGUAUUCUUGUGGAUCUGGUUCGUCACUUUGGCCGUAGUUUCCGGGAUGGUACUCGUAUAUAGAGUGGUCAUCGUGUUUUGGCCUCGAUCCCGCCUGUUGAUCCUGAGAUAUCGCGCUCGCUUGACCAAUGCAGAUUACCUGGAAAUGGUCGUAAAAAGAUGUCAUCUAGGUGACUGGUUCCUCUUGGAUCUCCUCUGUAAGAACGUGGACGGUCUGAACUACAGGGAUCUGAUUGCCGACUUCGCUCGGAAGCUGGAGGGUAAAGGAGUGGAGAGUAUUGCCUAGCUGUUUGUCAUCAUAGGAUGAGCAGCUUUGGUUGUUACGAAUAUACUUUCUAAGUAAUGAUGAUUUGGCUUUUGUUUUUUCAAUUUGUAAUGUCGUAAUGAUAAUAAUGUGUGUGCGCAAGAAAGAGUAGAAUAAGAGAAACCAGAUAAAAUACUCAUUCGUAAGAAAUAACCAAUGUAAAGUUGGAUAGGAUUAAUCGUUUAAAUAAUUGAAAAUUUUUACAUUAAAUCACUUCCAAGUUGAUAAUCAUAUGCUAUAUGUUAGUAGUUGUUUUGUUUUUUGAGGUGAAUUGUGUGUCUCAGAAUAAGAAGAAAAAGGCCUACAUGUUCUAUUGUGAAAGGCAAGAUGAUAACGAAGAGUGUGUAGUAACUUUUGGUCUUGUGUGUUGAACAAAAAUAUUUGUUUUCACACCAUUAUGCCACUUUAAAAUAUUCGGAUUUGUGUUAAUAAUUUUAGCGUGCUUUUUUGUGUGUUUGCAUGAUUUGGAUCACGUUUCUAUACGUGGAUAGUUUCCUGUUAUUCAAGUAGCAGACCUUACUUGUCACGAAAAGUAACCAUUCUACAGUGUUUUAUCAGGCCCGUGUAUUCUUCACAGCUUAGAUUAUAAAUGCUUAACUUACGACCAAAUACAUUAACAGGUUUUAUUGUUUUAUCAUGCCCGUGUAUUCUUCACAGCUUAGGUUAUAAAUGCUUAACUUACGACCAAAUACAUUAACAGGUUUUAUUGUUUUAUCAUGCCCGUGUAUUCUUCACAGCUUAGGUUAUAAAUGCUUAACUUAC